GAUAGAUAGAUAUAAAAUCCCAUUGUCAGAGGCAAAUGUUUGAAGCUUUCUUAUUCCGGGAACUUAGGCUGGGUUCAGACUUAUACCUUCAAAUCACAUUUGAAGAACAUUCCUUCCUUCCAAGAAUUCAGGGCGCUGUAGCUUGCUAAGGGUUUCCUCAGGUUUGUGACUCUGUGAGAGGGGAAGGGAAUAAUUUGAGGCAGAUUGUCCAGGAUUUCUCAGUCAGGGACAUGCAAGCCAUGGUUAAUGGGAAGAGAGGAAUGAAAUGAGAAGUGAAAUUAGGAAGUGGAGAAAGAUUGCCAGCCUUGCCUCUUUUCCCGUGUAAAAGGCAUUGGCGUCAAGGACACUUUUUUCAAGCCCUCCCUCUGCUUCUCCUCCACAUCACCACUUCUUGCUCUUUACGUGUCACCGAACUGCCCCCAAAAAACCAGUUUCCAAAAAUAAGCUCAAAAGAGAAAGCGAGGACCACAAGCCAGCAUGAGGACUGUUUCAUCCUGUGCAAAAUAGCUGCGCCUCCAUCCGGUGUGAUGCUGUGCGUAUUGUGCUUGAGAACUGUAAAUGAGUGUUUGUGUUUUUCAAAGAUCUUUUGUCAUCCCCCAUUGACUUUUAAAAGCCCCAGCUUCCCUAUGUUCCCUAUGGUAGGUGCUAACGUGCUCAGCAUUUUAUCAGUUACCCAAUUUCUCUCAGCUUCCACAUCUGCAUUUGAGAGUGGCCAUGACAGCUUCUUGCAGAGCAGCUCAGUGCUGCAAGGCAUGCUGGGAACUCUUCUUGAGGCCACCCUGGUGGUCAGCCCUGUUUGACACCAGUGGCGCACCCAGAAUGCUCAGCAACGCCACUGUGUUUCUUCUCAGUGUGUUUGGAAAGAUUACUGUUGCAGAUGCAUCAGCUCAGUGUUGCUGCUGAAGCCGCUUCUUCUAAACCCCAUCCUUGAAGCAUGGAGCAAAUUAGCCGUCUCUUUGUCCUCCUGGCCUCAUUUUCGGCUCUUUCCUGGAUGAUGGCCCUUGCAGAUACUGUGACUGCACAUCCAUCAGGCCUUUGGCUGUCUCUUUCACCUCCACACAAGACUUUUGCCCGAGGAGAACUGGCUUCAUUGAUAUGCUCCCUGCCAGAAGGACAGAGGGCAACGGGGUUCUAUUUCUAUGAAAAGAGAGGAGGUGUACCAGUCAUGUAUGGACAACAGGCGGAAAAUAUCUUGGAGGUUUCCACAGAAUACCUGGAAACAAACAAAACAUUUGUCUGUGCUUACCUGGGGGAAAAGAGUUCAGGAGGACUCUUCCUGUCUUCACUGAGUAACGAGGUUGUGCUGUCCAUCACUGACCUUCCUCGUGCUCCAGUUUUCUCUGUUUCUCCAAAGAAGGAUGUCUAUACAAGUGGGGAAUCUGUGGAACUCAAGUGCUCAUCUUCCGAAACCCGUCAUGUAUCAAGGACCCAGUUUUUCAGGGACCACCAGGAUCUGCAUUCAGUCAAGCCCUCCUCUCCCUCCUCUCUGAACAACGUCACACACACCCUGCGCCUGGUUAUUCAAGAUGGUGGAGAUUACUCCUGCAGGUACCACAUUGUGGAAUCCGGGCGAGAGAUCGCAUCCAGAGAGAGCAACUCCAUCAGGAUUUCGCUAUCGGUUCUGCCUCCACCAGCUCCAGAGCUGUCCAUUAUCCCUCCAAGACAGACCUUUCUCCAGGGACAACGGAUCACGUUGAAAUGCUCCCACCCGGAAGGGCAGCUGGCAGCCAAGUUCUUAUUUUAUGAAAUGAAGGCAGAACGUGGGUGGACUAAACUCCAAGAAGACUUCAAUAAUACCCUGGAAAUCACUGCAGAAUUUCAGGAAACAAAGAAAUCAUUUGUCUGUGCCUACAUGGAAGAAAGCAGUGCAAGACGACUCUCUGCACAGAGUAACCGCAUUGAGUUUUCUAUCACGGCAUCCUUCCCACCUGCUGAACUUUUUCAGCAACCACAGGAACCUGUUUACAGUCCAGGAGAAUGGGUUACCUUGACCUGUUCAGCUCCUGAGGAAAUGGACAUGGCAGGAUUCAACUUCUACAAGGAACAACAUGAUCAGAUCUACAAAGAGUUGCCAGAUCAAGGAAGCGGCCCCUAUGCAGCAUUCCCUGUGAAUAAAAAUACUGCUGGAGUAUACAGAUGCCUAUACUGGGUGCAGAAUUCAGGACAGAUGAUCCAGUCCCCAAUGAGCUCUCCCGUCUCUGUAGUCAUGACAGAACACCCUCGUCCCCCAUUCUUAACUGUUUCGCCAGAAAAGGAUAGCUACAGAAGAGAGGAGUCCAUAAAACUUAGAUGUUCAGCUUAUGAAAGCCGUGAUGUAUCAAAGAUCCAGUUUUUCAAGGACAAGAGGCAACUGCAACUCAUCAAUGUCCCCUCCUCUCUGAACACCUUCACACACAUACAACUGCUUCUUCCUCAAGAUGGUGGCGAUUACUCCUGCAAGUACCACAUUGUGGUAUCAGGGCGAGAGUUCCCAUCCAGAGAGAGCAACUCCAUCAGGAUUUUGGUAUUGGAUGAACCACUUUCCACAAUGCCUACCUUUUCCACCCCUGACCAGGCUGCUCUGAGUUUUGCCGCCCCCACCAGGCCACCUAGAACGUCAACACUGGCAACUUCAUCAACCAGCUCUUCUCGCUACAUGGCCAGAACACCCUCAACACACACAAAGCUCCUUGCAUCAAGCACCUCCUGGUCCAGCUCUUCGCAGUUGAGUCUGCAUUAUAGCACCUCAACCAGCAGCACCAAUGCUCAGGAGAGCAGGAAAUCAUCCACCUGCUGUGAUCCCAAAUCCACCACAGACCAAAAGAAGGACAAUUCAGAAAAAGGUUCAUAUCCUUUUCUUCUCCCACUGGCCAUUGGAUGUAGCACCGGUGGAUGUUUCUUCCUCCUGGUGUUUGUUGUCUGCAUUUAUAGGAGAAAGCACAAAGGUAUUUGGCAAGGCAGGGGAAGCUGAGCCUGGGGAGGCGGACAUCCCAGGAAGAAUGCAGAUGUGGGUGGAAAUAACCCCUGGUGGAAUCGUCACAGCCAGAAUUAUCACUAACUGCUUAUGCAGAACAUGCCUUCUUCAUUUUUUUUUAUUUUGACAAAAUAAUAAUCAUAAAUAAAUAAGAAUGAAAAUGUGCACCCCAUCACCAAGAUCAUUCUGUUGCAACUAUCCAACCUGCCAAAAUUCCAAUGCCUCUUGCGAUGGUUUGACCCCUUUCCGUUUUAACAGUACAAAUUCUACAAACGCCCUCCAUAUCUCCUCAAAAUAAUUUCUCCUGCGUAUUCCCCGUCUUACCUUAAUGACACAUGUUAAUUUAUCAUUCAUAACUAUAUCCCACACCUCUUUAUCCCAUUCUUCCAUUUUAUAUUCUGCUUUCCCCUUGCAUUUCCUAGCUAUAAUAAUUCGUGUAGCUGUCAAUAAAUUUGUGAGCAAGUUCUUCCUAGCCUGCGAAAGUUCCACCCCACCGUAAAUUGAUAAUAAUGCUACCUCUGGACUUUCGAUCAGCUUUAACCCAGUGAUUUCUGUUAUCUCCUUAAACACGCUUUGCCAGAAAAAUUGUACAUAUUUACACCCCCACCACAUGUGAACAUAAUUCCCGGUUUCCUGGCAUCCCCUCCAACAUAGCACCGAAUAUUCCUUGUUUAUUUGAUUUAAUCUGACUGGUGUUAAAUAUCAUCUCCAAACUAAUUUAUAAUAAUUUUCUUUUAUUCUUAUAGACAACAUUUUCAAUGUUUCUCCCAUAUUUCCCCCCAGCUGUGACUGUUUAUCUGCCCUGUUGUCUCUUUUUCCCACACCUCUUUUAAUUUCUUGAUCCUCCAUUUCUACUAAUAUAUUUUUUAAUUUCCCUGGCUUCCUCUUUUAUAACUGUAUUUUCUUCUUUAUCUCCCCUUUUUAUAAUCUU